UUCAUAUCCCUAAUGCUAUAUAUUGAAUUAGGGUUCCAUUAACAUUUCAGAAGCAGCGCAGGCCGCCGGGAGCCAGAAGAAGAGAUCAUUCAACUAGCCGCCGUCGUCGUAACGACGUCGUACAACAAUGGUUCACGUCUCCUUCUACCGCAACUAUGGUAAGACAUUCAAGAAGCCACGACGUCCUUACGAGAAGGAACGUUUGGACGCUGAGUUGAAGCUUGUCGGUGAAUACGGUCUUAGAUGCAAACGUGAGCUCUGGAGGGUGCAGUAUGCCUUGAGCCGUAUCCGUAACGCUGCAAGAAUGCUUCUGACCCUUGAGGAGAAAGACCCACGUAGGAUCUUUGAGGGUGAAGCCCUUAUGAGGAGAAUGAACCGAUAUGGUCUGCUUGAUGAGAGCCAGAACAAGCUCGAUUACGUGUUGGCACUUACUGUCGAGAACUUUCUUGAACGUCGUCUUCAGACCCUUGUGUUCAAAACUGGUAUGGCUAAGUCGAUUCAUCAUGCUAGAGUUCUCAUUAAACAGAGACACAUCAGGGUUGGAAGGCAGGUGGUGAAUGUGCCUUCGUUUAUGGUGAGAGUUGACUCACAGAAGCACAUUGACUUCUCGCUCACUAGUCCCUUCGGAGGUGGCCGACCAGGAAGAGUGAAGCGAAAGAAUCAGAAGGCGGCUGCGAAGAAGGCUGCUGGUGGGGAUGCUGACGAGGAUGACGAAGAAUGAGCUUACGUGCCUGGUUCUUAGUUUUAUUGUUGGUUUUUAUGUUUUUUCUUGGAUUUAGUUAAUGAUAAGUUUAUGCUUUGGAGUUGCUAUUUUGAAACUUAUUAUCAUAUCAUUAUGCUUUUAUAGAACAUUGCUGUGUUUGCUGAUCUCUUUUUA